GACGUUUUUCUUUGUCUACCUCUGCCAUCCACAAGGAGUCUCUCUUCUAAACAGGUUACAUUUUAUUUAAAGGGUAUAACUUUUUCUACAGUGAAAUACACAUUGAGCUGCCACGUUUUAUUCUGAAAAUCCCGUACAGUGCAAAGCGGAAGUCUUGUAGAUAAUGCAGGAAUGUAACACUCUUUUCUGAUUGGGCGAUCAUACUUACGUUCAAUCCAACCAAUGAGCGAGCAGCUGCGUCGCCAUAUAAAGGCGGUUUUCUCGCUUUCAGUUUUACUUUUUCAGACUCUCUCUACUAAUAAACGCGGAAAAUGUCUGGUCGCGGGAAAGGUGCCGGUAAGGCCAGAGCUAAGGCUAAGACCCGUUCAUCUCGUGCCGGGCUCCAGUUCCCCGUCGGCCGUGUUCACAGGCUGCUGAGGAAGGGUAACUAUGCCCAGCGUGUCGGUGCCGGAGCUCCCGUCUACCUGGCGGCGGUGCUGGAGUACCUGACCGCUGAGAUCCUGGAGCUGGCUGGCAACGCCGCCCGCGACAACAAGAAGACCAGGAUCAUCCCCCGGCACCUGCAGCUCGCCGUCCGCAAUGACGAGGAGCUCAACAAGCUGCUGGGGGGAGUCACCAUCGCUCAGGGCGGCGUGCUGCCCAACAUCCAGGCGGUGCUGCUGCCCAAGAAGACCGAGAAGCCCGCCAAGAAGUAAACACCCGGAAGGAACAACACAACGGCUCUUUUAAGAGCCACCCACGACAACUAAAGACCAGCUUCCCUUAUUUCAAAAUUCUUAAAGUACUUUUCCACAAUUUUUAAACUAUACAGUGAGUGACCGUCAACAAUAAUCUAAACUUAAAUACUAUUUAUUUGAAAGCACAUGUUGUAUCUUAAAAACCCUUGGAAAGACUAGUGUAUAGUUUCUCACUUUGAGAUAAGGUAAACAGACAAGCAAAAUUUAGUAUGUAGAAUUUUAGAAAUGAGAAAUUUCAGCAUUAAGACAUAACUGUCAAAUCUAAAAUGUGUUUAAAUUUGGUUCAAAAGUGAAAGUUUAAGAGUCUAGCUGUCAAUUAGACGGCUAUUGCAAAUGUAUGAGAACAAAAUGACUAUAAGAAUCACUUUUCUGCAAAUAUUAGCAUAUUGUCACUUGUAACAAAUAAAAAAAAAAAAAAAAAAAAAAAA